CAUCUGGUCAAAAUCGACCUUCGAGCGUUUCCGCCCGCUGCGCCUCCGCCCGCUGCCUUCACGUCGACACGCUCUGCACGGACAGGGUAUCAGGCCCACGUCGACGAGAGGAUUAGUCUCAGACGCCACACUCUUGAGGAAUACCCACUUGCAAAAGACUCGAGAAGUUAUGAGCGGCGCUUCGAAGACAUACACCGAUGCCGUCGCUGCCCUCAAUGACACGCAAUCGAACGCGGCUACUCUAGAUGCAGUUCGUGCAUCGGGCGGGAGGUUGUCGCAGUUCGCCAUACCGGAGAUGAUAGAGUACUUGCACAGGAUAGGGUACACGCCAGAAGAUCUUAACAGAAUGAACGUCAUCCACGUCACUGGCACGAAGGGCAAGGGAUCCACUUGUGCGUUCGUGGACUCGAUACUCCGUCGGGAACGUCCCAGCUUCAAAGUCGGUCUCUACACGUCCCCUCACCUCGUGGCCGUCCGUGAACGCAUCCGCAUAAACGGCACUCCCAUAUCUGAGGAGCUGUUCGCAAAGUUCUUCUUUGAGGUCUAUGACCGCCUGUCUGCGAACACUAAGAGGGCACAUGAAAGCACUCCUGAGAAACCAAACUACUUCCGCUUCGUCACGCUGGUCGCAUACCAUGCGUUCCUCCAGCUUGGGGUGGACGCGACCAUCCUCGAGGUCGGCGUGGGUGGGAUGUACGACUCAACGAACAUUGUCCCGAAACCUAUCGUCACAGGCGUCACUGCCCUCGGUAUUGAUCAUGUUGGGGUCUUGGGGAAGACUCUCCCCGAGAUCGCAUGGCAGAAGGGAGGGAUAUACAAAGAAGGAGUUCCGGCACUCUCUGUAGCGCAGCCUGAAGAGGCACUCGAAGUCUUGCGAAAGCAAGCAAUCGACCGCAAGGCUUCCGAAUUCAUCGUCGUGCCCGACACUGCGGCGUUAUACUCGAUCAAACUCGGACUCCCGGGUGCUCACCAGCGCCAGAACGCCAACCUCGCCAUACACCUCGUCCGGACCUUCCUCGCUAACCCGACCAUCGCUGCCAAAUCGAACCGCCCUCCGCCGACCUUCGACUCGGAAGGUGCAGCACCGCUGCCGGCGACGUUCGUCGGCGGUCUGCAGAACGCGCGCUGGCCCGGCAGGUGUCAGACCGUGCCCGACCCAGACCCGGCGAACGCGAAGACGACGUGGUACCUCGACGGCGCCCACACCAAGGAAAGCUUGGAGUUCUGUAUGGCUUGGUAUGUCAGCCCGGGGGCCGGCUUGCCGUUGUACGAGAGUGCGCCGCGUCCCAUGCGUGUCCUCGUCUUCAACUGCACCGCCGGUCGGUCGGGCCCGGCGUUGCUGGGAGGCAUGCUGGAGAAGACGGCGUCGCAACUGCAAAUUCACCACGUAGAUAAAGAGGCUGCCGCGGAGGAUCUGGAAGGUACAGACGACGAUGACCUCGAUCCAAACAAGUUCUUCGACCACGUCAUCUUUUGUUCGAACGUCACGUAUGCCGACGGCGGAUAUAAAGGAGAUCUGACCUCGAAGAACGUCCACGAAUCCGACCUGGCGAAGAUGAAGGUGCAGAACGAGCUCGCCGCGGCUUGGACUGCGCUAGUGCCAUCGUUCCCCAAGUCGAACAUCCACGUUCUGCCCUCCAUCGAGCACGCGAUCAGGACCGUGCGCGGGCUACAAACCGAGGAGCGGCCCGUCAAGGUCCUCGUCACGGGCAGCUUGCACCUCGUCGGAGGCGUCAUCGAGGUGGCCGGUUUAGCCAAGGUCGCGCUGUGAAAGGGAAGUCGACGCGCUAGAUGCCUUCAACGGGCAUUUUUAUGGCCAAUGAUAUCGGAACCCUCAUCGGGUGCGGCCCCUGGUAGUUCUCAACACUACCUCAUGCGAUGUUCGUCGACGCUCGUUUGGGGCGUGUCCAUACCUGGAUUGACAUGAGCCUGGGCACGUCAAGGCCAAGCUGGUUUUUUGACGAUAUAUAGUCUUGAGAGACAUGCUUUGGGGAAAGGGGUUGUUUCCGCUGCAGAUGCAUACACCAUGCAUAGAGAAGAUUACAACACAAAUUUCGUGUAGAGUAGAAUAUCCUAGGUAUACUGGUCUUGCAUGCUUCACGACCUUGUGGUUGUAUGUUAGAUGAUUU